UGGCGCGGCCUGCGCGGAGCAGCGGGAGGCCAUUGUGGCUGGGGCGGCCCUGCGAGGCGGAGGCGGCGGCCGCGGAGGAGGAGGUGGCUGCGGUGGUGGUGGCGGCGGUGGCUGCCGCCGCGGCCCGUCCCGCUGGAGCCCGCUGAGGGACGCGACGGUGAGGGAAGGGCCGCGAGGAGGGCGGCGGGGCCGGACCGAGCCGAGCCCUGCGAUCUUGAAACCUGUACCAGGUCCUUGAGAGAGAAAACUACAUGACACUACACCAUGAGUGACAGUAAAUGUGAUAGUCAGUUUUACAGUGUUCAAGUUGCAGAUUCAACGUUCACUGUACUAAAACGUUAUCAGCAAUUGAAGCCCAUAGGAUCAGGGGCACAGGGCAUUGUUUGUGCUGCGUUUGAUACAGUCCUUGGAAUAAAUGUUGCUGUAAAGAAGUUGAGUCGUCCUUUUCAGAAUCAAACCCAUGCAAAAAGAGCUUACAGAGAGCUUGUUCUUUUAAAAUGUGUCAACCACAAAAAUAUAAUUAGUUUAUUAAAUGUAUUUACACCACAGAAGUCACUAGAAGAGUUUCAGGAUGUAUAUUUGGUUAUGGAGCUGAUGGAUGCCAAUUUGUGCCAGGUUAUUCAUAUGGAAUUGGAUCAUGAAAGAAUGUCCUAUCUUCUUUACCAGAUGCUAUGUGGUAUCAAACAUCUUCACUCAGCUGGUAUCAUCCACAGAGAUUUGAAACCCAGCAACAUAGUAGUAAAAUCAGAUUGUACACUCAAAAUCCUUGAUUUUGGACUGGCAAGAACAGCGUGUACUAAUUUUAUGAUGACUCCAUAUGUAGUAACGCGGUAUUACAGAGCACCAGAGGUUAUCCUUGGAAUGGGCUAUAAAGAAAAUGUUGAUAUCUGGUCAGUUGGGUGCAUCAUGGGAGAAUUGGUGAAAGGUUGUGUGAUUUUCCAAGGCACUGAUCAUAUUGAUCAGUGGAAUAAAGUUAUUGAACAAUUAGGAACACCGUCAGCGGACUUCAUGAAGAAACUACAGCCUACAGUGAGGAAUUAUGUAGAAAACAGGCCCAAAUAUCCUGGUAUUAAAUUUGAAGAGCUCUUCCCAGACUGGAUAUUUCCAUCAGAAUCUGAUCGUGACAAGUUAAAAACCAGCCAAGCUAGAGAUUUAUUAUCAAAAAUGCUUGUAGUAGAUCCAGACAAGAGAAUUUCUGUAGAUGAAGCCUUACGUCAUCCUUAUAUUACUGUCUGGUAUGACCCAGCUGAAGCAGAAGCUCCUCCACCCCAAAUCUAUGAUGCACAAUUGGAAGAAAGAGAACAUGCAAUUGAAGAAUGGAAAGAGUUAAUAUACAAAGAAGUAAUGGAUUGGGAAGAAAGGAGCAAGAAUGGUGUGGUAAAAGAUCAGCCCUCAGAUGCAGCAGUGAAUAGCAACACCAGUCCUUCCCAGUCAUCAUCUAUCAAUGACAUUUCAUCCAUGUCAACAGAGCAAACAUUGGCUUCAGAUACAGACAGCAGCCUCGAUGCCUUGACAGGACCCCUUGAAGGAUGCCGAUGAUCAGCCAGGAUUGCAGACUUAACUUUGGAAAAAGAACUCUCGCUUCCAUUGGGCCUGAAUUGCUUGUAAGUUAAUGGAACAAAACUAGAAAAACUCCAUGUUCUGCAUGUUCUACUGAAAUAAUGCCUGUUUUUAUUUUUACUCAGUUGUUAGGAAACUGCCUGCUUAAUGUUGUAGAACUUAAAAGUAAAUCAAUGUCUAAGGAACAACAAAAAAAUUAAAUUUAGACACUAUAAUAGGCUUUUCUUUUGUUUCAGCCUAUUUCAGGUGAGCAGUUAUAAUAGACUUUUAACCAAUAACUUCUCUUAAAUGGGUUCAUGAAUCUUCAGUACCAACUGGCAGGCUUUUGUGACAUCAAUGGUUGUUUACAUUUUAGUACAGUAUUGCUCAUUAGUAGGUUUUUUGAAUGUAUAGUGUCUAUGAAGUUUGUUUUAACGUGUGACUAUGGCAGUUUGCUUUAUUUAACUACUGGAGUGUUGUGUGUAAGUCUUAAUUCACAUAUUGAGCACUCAGUACCAUAUUUAAAGGGCAGUUAUUUUUACGUAUAGCACUUUUUUAUUGAGCCCUUUCUAUCUUCGCUUCCUGAUAAUACUGUCUAUCUUCUUGUAGAAGAGAAAAUUGUGAAGUUUAAAGAAUGUAGCCAUCCCUUCAUAUUUCACCAAUGAAUAUGUCUCUGAUGUUCUUUUCAGUUAUUUAAACUGAAGCGGAUGGAAGAUACACAGUGGCUUAGUUCAAUCUUAAGGAUGAGUGACUUCUCUGUGAAGUUGUGCCUGUUAAAAGAGGGGAGAGUGCUAAAUUGUUCUGUACAUUCUGUCUUGCAAUACUGGUCCUUUAACAAAAACAAACAGAAAAGGAAAUUAUAUCUGUGCUUUUCAUUCAGUGCAAACUCUGAUAAAAGGACAGGUGAAUUGGAGAGACUUGCAGCCUAAGUGGCCUGAAAAAGAGCUGCAUAAAUGUUUUCCAUUUUUUAAUGGGUCCAUUCUAUCUAGAGAGUAAUUAAGGAAACAAAUGUAGUAGCUUUAAGUCAUUUGACAAUUAAGUUUAAGUAUUUACUUAAUUGAAUUUAGUUCUAUUCCCAAAUUAGGAAAACCUCUCGAUUUCCUACUGGAGAGGAAAAAAUAAUAUAUUUAAUACAUAUAUAUUUUCUGUGUCAGAGGGGAGGAGCUUAUUUGCUGUUUCAAUACAGGCUUGUCAAUGCAGUUUUCAGAAUCGUAUAAUACAAACACUGCCUGCACAGUAUGUUGAAUUCUUAGCAAAUGUUUGCAGUAGAGUAGGGCUUAAAUUACCAGAUGCUACACACUUGUGAAUUUGUGCACAUUCACUUUAGAGUGCACAGGUGUGUAAAAUUUUGCUAAAGGAUCUUGUGUGCAUGUGUGUAUGAUUAAACUAUAUAACUAUAAUAGUAAUAGAUGUCCAAGAUGAGGUAAAACACCACUUUCCUAAAGGCAUUGUAUUUAGCUGUUGAUUCAGAUACUGCUGACUUGAAUUAAAAAGAGCACUUACAAAAUAUACUUGUGCAGCUAGCCACUGCGUUACUGACAUGUCUAGUAUGUUCUUGUAAAAGACAAGUGUCCCUUGUUUCUGACCUUAAGAUUUGAAAAGCAGUAACUUUAUGCCAAAAUUGUUUUUGUUAAAUUGUAUCCAUGUGUUUUUUAAAUAGCUUAAUUUGGUGUAGCAAAAAUAUUUCACUGUCUCAGAAAAGGAAAAUUCAAUGUAGUACUGAAGAUGUUAACUUCAGAAUUUUCAUCUGGAAUUAUGAACUUUUUAUUUAAAAAAAAAAAAGUUUUAAUUGUAGGAUAUUGAGGGCUUUUUUUUGUUGUUGUUUUGUUUUAAACCUAUGGAUGCCUUAGUUUCUUUGGAUACUGAUGGUACACUUUUAUUCUGUUUUUGUUACUGGAAAAAAAUAAAUCUAAAAUACCUUUUACCAUAUAGCAAUACAGUACAGGUUGCUAUUCUUUUUUUUCUUCUUUUCUUUUUAAUCCUUGUUAUUUGUGCCAGUUAAAACUAUUAAAGACACCUUUUCAAAAGUAAUAUUACUGAUUUUGGACUACUUGUAAUCCUCCCCCCCUUCCUUUUUAGCCUACCAAAAGAUGCAGCCACUAUGGAGUGAAACCAAAAAGAAAACUAAGGGUUUGAUUGCAAAAGCUAACUAUGCUUUGUUGAUUGUCCACAGUAAUAUAUUCAAAAGUUAUCAAUUACAUAGUGGUGUUAAGCUGAUAGUACUUUAUAAAGAAGUGACUUUUCUGACAAUGGCAUUAGCAUUCUCUUUAAAAAUAGUAUUGUACAAACAAUCUCAGAUUGGCCAUGCAAAAUUUCUGCCUACUUUUUUAGAAGACUUUUUCUUAAGUCUCUGAAUGUAGCAGUAUACAGCAGUUUAUAUAUUUCACGUUACACUUUUAUGAAAAAGCUUUUUUCUUUAUAUGGACACGAGGGACUAAGGUUUCCAGCAGUUUUAAAUCUACUGCUAAAACAACUGCGAAGCAAAUUUGUCAAAUUUACCUGCAUGGUAAUUGGCUAUACCUUUUUCUGCUUUACUCUAGAUCUGUUUUUAAUUAUCACUGAGUAUUUUUAUAUUCUUGAUUCACUAUGGAAGUCAUCUACUGGAUUUCAUUUUUCAAGAUUUAUUUUUAGCUUUUUCAAGUGAAGUUGCACUGUACUCUACAUUCAUCAUUUUAACAUUUAUUACUUCAGAAGAUUUAAUGCAACAAAUACUUUUCAUGUCUUUUGGAUAUUCUCAGAGUUGAGUUUUUCAUAUUGGACUUGGGCUGCUCAGCGCUGGGCUGGUUGGACCAGAUGGCCUCCAGGUCUCUCCCAACCCAAAUUACUCUGUGAUUCAAAUCGUCUUUUAAUGUUGUGUGUGCGUGUGUUUGUUUUUUAAACACAGAACUGCCAUAUCCCCAGGAUUUGAACUGUUAUCUGACCUUCUAAUAUAUACUGUUAUAUCAAAUAUGUAACCUUUGAACAAAAUAAGCCCUGAGAUUGACUUUCCUUGUAAAUCUUAUUGUUUGUAGGAAAAGCCAUUUCAUACCGUAUGUUUUUAAUGGCUUCUUGCUGUGUCAUACUUUGAAGCUUCUAAAUUUUACCAAAAUGUUAACUGCCUUCAAAACAUGCAUGAAAUGAAAAGUGUGAAUGUUGUGGAUUUUGAUUCCCGCAUAAGUUAAAAACAAACUGCUAAUAACCUGAAUAAACGUCCAGUUCUCAGAGAAGGCAGAUUAUAUUCAGCAAAACGCAUGCAGAAUAGAUGCAUGCUAAAGCUCCCAUGCUGUUUCAGUGUGCACAUAUAGACUAUAAAUGCACUGCAUGCAGACUUUAUACAUAUUAGUUGUAUUCCUGACUGCAGAUUAAGUUCAGUGCCACAUCUGUGAAAUGGUUGUUGAUGCUGUGAGAACCUCAUUAUUGAUGGAAAGUAAAAUGCACAUGUAUCUUGACAGGGGUUUAAAAGUUUAGAAAGUUUGGUGUGCAAUAUAAUCACUUUUAUUCCUAAUGCUAAAAUCAUGUAUGUAAAGUGAUACAGUUGACCAUUUUUUUGCACUUUGGCUUUUAUAAAUAUUUAUAUGUAUUUAAAGACUAAGAAUAUGUGUGUGUAUAUAUACAUAUAUAUUAGAAACCUGCUCAGUUUUGUAAACAUGAAUGUUAGUUUUCUGUAUGAGAGACUUUGUGUUAACACUACUGCAGUAUGCAUAAACAAUUUAUAAAAUAUGACUAAAAAGAAGUGGCAGUCAACAUAGAUGCAAUCUCUAAUCUUAACUGCUCACCUGAAAAACAACUAAAAUGAGGGAUCUAUGGCUAUCAAUCAGAUUAUUUACCAGAAACAUUGUUAGAUAUAUGAACACUGAGUAGCUGAAUGGCAUUGCAGAAAUGGAGUAUGUUUUAAAAUGUUCUGUGCUCACAUCGUUUUUCCUCAAAAAAACAAAAUCCAAUUAAAAAAAAAAACACAACCAAACAGAAAACCACCACUCUUAGAGAAACCUGGCUUUUUGAAAUCUGGAUAAGCAGCCUGUAAGUGUGCUUUGAGGAAACAGUGUGAUAUGACAAGCUUCAUUUUAUUUAAUGGAAAAUGACAAAAACACGAGUAAUGAAUGUCAAAAUUAAGGUUUUGUCUGCACAGAUUUUACUAUACAAACGAGUCUGACUGGAAACUAGUGUUUGCAAACAGCCUGUGAAGCUUUAUCUUGUUUCUGGUAAGGGUUUGCAUUUCCUUGUCAAAAUAAUGAAAAUUAAACUGAACCUUAACUCAGAAUUAACUGGUUGGUUGUUAAGACUGUUAGGGACUAGAGGACUAUCAUUUUUUGUCUUUCAAAGUCCUAACAGAGUGCACAUAUGUUUAUUAAAAACUAAGUGUGUGGGGGGGAAGUAAUUCCAUAUGUUUUAUUUUUCUUUCCUAAAGGAAAGACCUCAAUUUCUAAAUCAUAAUGCUGAAUCGGUUUCCUUUUUAGAUUGUAUUUGGCUUAAAAUUAUAAUUUUACAAAUGAAAUAGGAUUCAGACAUUCAAAAAGCUUACACACUGGGCUUCCAAGAACUGGGUAAAUGAGCCUUUUGUGGCAGAAGUGCAAUCCUCCCGUUUGGUCUGCACUGGAAGUUCAGAUGCUGAAGUGCAGACAAAUCUUUACUGAGCGUAAUGCUGUUUUUGAAUACAGGUUCAGUCUUGCAGCAAUACAGUUUGUGUGGAGCGUUUCAUUUGAAUAGUGAGUCUUGAAAUGGAAGUACUUAGUGUGGUGAGGGGUAAAUGCUGACCAGCCUUUGUCUGUAUAUUCUACAUACGUCAUAUGGAUUCUAUCAGGGCUUGAUGCUAAACUUAGUGAUACUGUAUACUGGGAACCAAAUUCUUUCCUGGGAUGUGUAUUGUGUAAUUCCUGCUCAAAACUAGUUUUGAUCCAGGGACACGUGCACCCAGAUGCAGAAUUUGGACUUAAGUUCCUAUAAAUGAAUCUAGUAACUUCUUUGCUUUUCCACAGUGUCUUUGAUUUUUUUCAACAUGAAGUAUGACAAAAAAUGUAUUCUGCCUCAUUAUUUUCCAUAUAUCUUAGAUUGUCUAUUACAUGAGUAAUUAGUAAUGUUCUAAAAGCUUAUUACACAACUUAUCAAAUCAGUUUUAUUUUUUGCCCACUGCAUGCUAAAACGUCUGGAGCUAAACUAAUGUUUUAAGUAAGCCAUCUUUUCUCAUAUUAGUGUUGGAGGAAGGUGAAGAGAAGAUCAUCACCUCUGUUUGUGUUUUAUUAAAUGACUAUUUUUGUAGCUAGAAUUUUAUUUGUUGGAUUUCAAUCCUAUAGCCUUGCUUUGUUGAUAUAAAUUUACCUGGGUCCGCUAUUUCAAAGAAAUAUGUGUAUAAGAAGUCCAGUAUAAAAUUAAAAUAAUAUAGUCUUCUGCAAUUUGUUACUGAAAAUAUGACAAAUUAUUUUGGUCCAAUAAUUAAAAAAAAAAAAAAAUUUAAAUAUUUAAGUUCUUAUUCCUUGAUGUUGCUGCUUAUUUUUUGAAAAGGUGCUUGCAGUUUUGCACAACAGAAAUCAACUUUAUUAAUUGCUGGGUUUGAAGCACUUUAGGAUUCUUCCGAAUACAACCAGUAUAUGGUGUUAAAAGGAAUGACAAAAGAUCAGAUGUAUUCAAAUUUGGUUGCAGUCUUUUGAUCUGAUAGCUUUGAUCAGCAUUUUCCUUUAAACAUAAGCCUUCUUUGAGAGAUGUGAACUUUGAGAUUCUGAAAUUUAAAAUUUAACUGAAAUUUAACACACAAUACGAGAUCGUUUGAGAAGCAUCCCCUACUUAAACGGCUGUAGGGUGACUUGAAUAGCAGUGUGACUACUUAGGCAUCUAUGAUAUAAAGAAACGCAGAAGUCUGUCAUGUAGCAAGAUCAGCUAGCUAUCUUUUAUUAACAUUACGCUAUUCAUCCUAAGCUAGAUGUAUAUGCUGUGGUGAGGCCAGAACAUCUGCUUACACUGGGACUCCACCGUUACAGAUACUAUGAGGAUACCAUAGGAAGACAGCGUCUCUAAAAUACUAGUCUGAAAGCUUGGUGCCUCCUAUGGCGUACUUGUUUAAGUAUGUGAGUUCGUUUCCCAGGCUGGGUCUUUAGUUCAGCACUCCAUGGUUUCUUAGGAUAACGAAAGCAGAGAAGAAAGCAGUCACGUAAGAACCACAUUUUAUGUCCACUACCUGAAACAGUAGUCAUAUUUGUUAACGAUAGCAAAGCUAGUUUAAUACCCAUGAACAUGUGCUAUUGUAUUGUCUUCUACUGGGAAAAACUUUUUUGAAAAACCAUGUGUGUCACUAGCUUUUCUAUGAAUUCAGAUGCUUAAAUUGGUGCUAAUUUUUUAAAAGAAAAUGUAACAGAUGGUUAGCAAUGUAUUUGUCUGUUUUUGAUACCUAUAUUUUCUUAAAUUGUGGCAAACCAAACUUUAUAAAACUACUCAUGUACAUUUUUAGGUUCGUCAGAUUCCCGAUUUUUCCAAAAGUAGAGUAUGUAAAAUUCCAGUUACUGCUUCUUUGGAGCUAUUGAUUUCAGGUGAUUUAUACACUAAUAAAAUGAACAUGGUUAGAAAAGUUAGCAAUGCAUAACUACAAUCCCUUUCUUUAAAUUGCAUGACAUGCUGGGUCCCACAGGUGGUUUUAGUUUAGUGUAAUUAAGAUACCUAAAUAAGGGCAAAUCAGAGAUACUUGUGUUUAGUUAACCCAGUACAGUGAAGCCUUAUCUGGUCAUUAAGAUAACUUAUAAAGAUUAUAAGAAUUUUCGUCUAUUUUAAAGAGAGAAUAACAAAUGGAAUUAAUGAACUGUUUUGUACAAAUGCAAAUGUUAAAUCCAGAGAAUAUAUUACGUAGUUUGCUCCAGAACACAUGCUAUUAAAGAGUAUAAUGGGCUCCUUGAGUUAUUUGUAUUGAAAUCCAAUUUUUCCUGAUCACUUAAAAUAACCACCCUCCCUCCCACUUCAGUUCUUUGAGAACUUUUUUGAAAUGCCUUUAACUCCCUAUGAGAUGCUUUGUAUGUCUUGUUUUGGCCCUCUUUUCCACCUUCUGUUUACCAAAUGUCACAAAAAGUAGCAUCAAGCCCUAUCACUUGUUACAGUGUUCUGAUUUUAUGGCCUUAAUAUUAGUUAUGAUAUGGUAUAUAAUUUCAGAAGAAAGAUGUGCUUUGAAGUCUAAUUAUAUAGAUACAUGUGGCCUCUUCUGCGUAUGAAAUUAGGCUUUGAUUGUCAUAUCUCAUUCUUUAAGCUUGUGCAAUAGGAACGUGUUCCCUUAAAUGCAGUGGCUAUUUUGGCUGAUGCUGGACUUUGUUUUCAGGAUGACUAGACAGUAUUUUUUUGUUUCAUGGGCAGCAGUCAUGCUUCCUUGUUUUUUUGGAUUGAUUUUUUUAAGGAAACUAGAAUUUCAUAAGGAAAGCUGUCAAUAACUAGUUCUGAAGUGCUAGUUAAAGCCUUGUUCUGAUGCUUUUUUUCUCCAAAAAACUUAUCGUAAAACAGUACUAAAGCCACUGUAAAAUUACAAAUAAAUAUGUAUACUUAAACAA